AUGUUGUGUAGCUCAACUGGAAAAAUGAGUGAACAGGGAGAAGUAGAAGUCACCUCUUCCGUCAACCAGUCCUCAGUUACAAACCACACUGAAGUUGACGGUUUGACUAACUGUGAUCAGGUCGGCACUUCAGCCAAUCCCUUCUUUAUAAUUGUCUUCAGUCUGGUGUUUCUGGUGGGUCUCCUCCUCAACAGCUUCAUCAUGAAGUUUUACUUCUGCCGACGUCACCGGCAGACGUCCAGCAGCAUUGUUGUCUACCUGAAGAACCUGGCAGCAGCUGACUUCCUGCUCUGUCUCUGUCUCCCCAUCCGCAUCGCCAACUAUGCCAGCAACACAGUCGCUGUCCGCCUGGUCCAAUGCAACUUUGGCUCCGCCCUCUUCUUCCUCAACAUGUACGCCAGCAUCAUGUUCAUGUGCUACAUUGCUGCUAACAGGUAUCUGAAAAUUGUCCGAGGAACUUCAGGAACUCACAUCCUGCAGACGGUGUGGGCUGCCCACAUUGUCUGCACUGUAACCUGGGUUUUACUUCUGGCCAUGAGUAGCACCUUAAUCAUCCUGUCAUUCCACACCCAGAAACCUUUGACCUCUGUCCCAGUGAACUGUGAAGUCUUACGCAGUGGCCAGCUCAUCUCUUUCCAUAAAGUCAUGCACGCCUGCGCCAUCUCCAUGUUCAUCUUUUUCCUUGUCUCCCUGGUCUUCUUCUACUAUAGUACCUCCCGCAGGGUAUUGCUGGCACAGAGAAGCCAGCCGGCGUCCUCCAGCUCCAAGAAGCUUGUAAAGUCACACAGGAAGAUGUUAGUGCUGGUCUGUGUCUUCUGCUUUUGCUUCGUCCCCUACCACCUGGUUCGCCUUCCCAAAGCUUUCCUGUGGAGAUAUUGUUCAUGGCGCAAGGUUUUAUACUACCUGAUGGAGGUGAGCAUCAUAAUGUCAGUUCUCAACGUCUGUCUGGAUCCACUUCUUUACUUCAUCUUCUGCAAGGCGUUCAGGACCCAGCUUAGCCAGAGACUGGGGUCUAGAAAAUGAUAAUGCAGUGUUAGCUGCCAGUAAUGUCAUACAUUACACGUUGUUUUUUUUGUUUUUUUUUAAUAUAUUGUGGGGGCUAAUAUUGCUAUUCAUAGCUGAAGGCUGACGGGAGAGCGGGGAUGACACGCAGCAAAGGGCGUCCUUGUAAUACAAAAUUGUAACAAAAACUGAUCUUGUAAUCACAAUGUAAUAACUGUAAAUAAUACCUGCAAUGAUACCAAAUUGUGAUAUAAAACUGGUUGUAGCAUAAGAUAACAAGCCUGGCUGUCAACUUCAUGGUAGUGCUAGAGGAAGUCAGAGGAUUCAUUGUCUGAAAACCAGGAAUGUCUGUUCAAAAUGUUGUGCUGAUCCAUCAAGUAUGUUGAGUUUGGCAUUACAGGAAAAAGUCAGGUGAUCA